CUGCGGAGGGGAGAAGAGAAUGAAAUAGCUUGAACAAGAAGCCGGGAUCAUGGCGGCACCGCUCGGGCGGGACACUCUACCUGACCACUGGUCCUAUGGAGUUUAUCGAGAUGGCAGGGUCUUCUUCAUCGAUGAUAAAACUCACAGCACUACUUGGCUCCAUCCUCGUACGAGUGAACCUGUCAACUCUGGACACAUGAUACGAUCAGAUUUACCACUGGGAUGGGAAGAAGGAUUCUCGGACGAGGGGGCCAGCUACUUCAUUAACCAUAACCAGAAGAGCACGUCGUUCCGACACCCUGUGACUGGACAGAUAUCUCCAGAAAACACUGAAUAUAUGCUCCACGACAAGACAGAGUCCCGGGGCAUGUYCAAGCCACCGCCACCGGYCAGUCAGAGGCCCCCCAGCAUGGUCAGCCAGACUUCCAAGGCWGUGACCUCAUCAACAGUGGAYGYCACCUCAGGGUCAAAGAAGCAGCACCUCAUCAGACCUCAUGUCAACGUGUUGUCUGCUAUCAGAGGUGCCAGUCAUUUCAAGCAGAGUGUCAGACAGGGCAUUAUUGAUGACCACUUGCUCAUUCUCAAUGACAGCAGAGAGGAGACGGUUUUGGGAGCAUCCCCCUGCCAGUUAUGUCAUCGCCCUGUGGAGCCUGAUGACCACAUCAGCCGCAAGUAUGCCUUCAAGGCGAGCCACACAGGAAUGCGCUCCUACAUUUACAAUAAGAACUCUGUGAUUGGCUCGCAGGCAGAGCACGGUGGGAUGAGGACGUACUUCUUCAGUGCCGACACGCAGGAGGACAUGAAUGGUUGGAUCCGAGCCAUGAAUCAGGCUGCUCUCAUGCAGAGUCAAGGCAUCAAGAGGUUAGUCCCUCCCUUCCAGGCGAGCCACACAGGAAUGCGCUCCUACAUUUACAAUAAGAACUCUGUGAUUGGCUCGCAGGCAGAGCACGGUGGGAUGAGGACGUACUUCUUCAGUGCCGACACGCAGGAGGACAUGAAUGGUUGGAUCCGAGCCAUGAAUCAGGCUGCUCUCAUGCAGAGUCAAGGCAUCAAGAGAAAGCUCAGCCAUCCAGCCACGGAGGUAGAGGUAGACAGGCUCUCCCCAGACACUCUCCCUGGCCCCUCACACCCCAGGAAUGGCCAGGCCCACACAGUCCUCGCCACGCUGCCCCCUGAGCAGAAUGGGAACGUCGUGUAUAAGAGGGGCUUUGUCCCACGGACAGCCACAGAGAAGCAGGUGCAGAGGAAGACUGCUCUGGCUCAGGUGGAGCACUGGGUCAAAGUACAGAAGGGAGAUCCCAAGAGCAACACACCUACUACUGAGUACGCCCUCCCCCUUCCYCGGCGGACGCCUCCCCUGCAGCCUAARGCCGUGGUAGUAGAGGCCUACCAGACAUUGCCAAAGACCCCCAGACUCCCGUCUGGCGGGAGCUCCCCUUCGGCGCCCCGCAACCUGCCCAGCGACUACAAAUACGCCCACGACCGGCUCAGCCACUUCCGCAUGUCCACCGAUGAGCGCAUGGCCACCAAGGAGGGCAUGGUAUGGCAGCUGUAUGAGUGGCAGCAGCGCCAGCAGUUCCGCCACGGCAGCCCCACGGCGCCCAUCUACACCGGGCCAGACUUCCUGGACACAGCCUCCUUCAGGGUCAUUGUGGAGCUGCCUCGAAACCUUCCAAACCCUGCAGAUGAUACUUACAUGCAACUGAAGAAGGACCUGGAUUAUCUCGAUCUGAAGGUUACAGGGCGUGAAACUCUGAAAGACAGACCAUCGAGACCUGUUAAGAUAGCAGAGAGCGAUGUUGAUGUCAAGUUAAGUCGACUGUGUGAACAAGACAAGAUCCUUCAGGAGCUGGAAACAACGAUACGCACGCUCAAGGAAGACAAGGACAAGUUGGAGUCCGUGCUGGACGUGUCCCACCAGCAGAUGGAGCAGUACCGGGACCAGCCGGCCCACCAGGAGAAGAUAUCCUACCAGCAGAGACUACUGCAGGAGGACGUGGUGCACAUCAGAGCUGAGAUCUCCCAGGUGUCCACGGAGAUGGAGAAUGCGUGGAACGAGUACAGCAGCCUGGAGAGAGAUGUAGACUGGUUGAGGACAGCUCUGGAGGGCCAGAUGAACCGCAGUGGUCUCUCUCAGAAGGAGAAGUCCCAGAUCAAGAGGGAGUUGUGGAGGGUUGAAGACGUAAUAGCAGGCCUCAGCUCCAGCAAAGCCAACUACCUAAUCACCAUCUCCUCUGUGACCAACCCAGAGAGAAAACUUGUGCCUUCUGUGUCGCCGUCGUCAAUGCCUUCUCUGUCUGCCAGUCCCUCCCUGGGAGAGAUGAGACUGGCCCAGCAGCACAGCCCCCACCUCAGCCCCACAACCCCCACCUCCACCCAGCACACCACCGCAGCUCUCCCCAUGUCUGUGCCAAAAUGGGCAGAUGAGGGCGCCCCUCCCCGACCACCACUACCUCAGCUAUACAGUCCUGAGGACCACGCCCCGGCCGUGCCUCCGCCGCCCAGGGAAACCAGCGUCAUCAGACACACGUCUGUACGAGGCCUCAAACGACAGUCUGACGAACGCAAGCGGGACAGGGAGAUCGGCCAAUACASCAACGRMGACAAYAAGGUGUGUGUUUGGAGAGAGCUAUGGAGCCGUGUGUCUGUGUGUCUGUGUGGUACUGAUAUCKGUCUCUGUGGGUGUCAGGUGGAGCUGCGCACCUUCCUGAGUGAACCUGAGCUUCUGGGAGUGGGAGGGUCUGGUCACAUGAGGAUGGGGGCCUUGGGGCAUGAUGGUGGCUACCAGACCCUGCCAAGCAGAGGGCCGGCUGGCUCCUCAUCCAGGCUAAAUCAGUCCACAAACAUCUCCUCAUAUGUUACCCUCAGAAGAGGAGCCUCAGCCGCCUCAGGCCUGAAGGAGAGACCAAAGAGUGCCUUGGAGCGUCUGUACUCUGGGGAUGUGCUGCAGCAGCAGAGCAGGGGGAGGAUGAGUGCUGAGGAGCAGCAGCAGAGCAGGGGGAGGAUGAGUGCUGAGGAGCAGCUGCAGAGGCUGAAGAGGCACCAGAAAGCUCUGGUCCGCCAGCGCAAGAGGACCCUGAGUCAAGGAGAACGCCAGGCCUCCUCAUCAUCACAGCAACGCCCCCUUUCCGCAGACCUGGGCUCAGUACGUUAGAGCUACGCCUCACACGCCUAAAGCAUGACCAUUAGAGCUACAGCUACAAUGCAUGCAGAAGUAACAAUGUAUAUUAGUAACAAUACAUUUCAGUUGCAUAGGAUUUUCAUUGUGCCGUUGAUGUGAGUUUGAGUGUGUGAGUUGGUGUGAAC